AUUCUUCUCGUUGUUCGUCUAUCACCCGGUCACCCUUUGACCCAACUUUAACCUCAAACUAAUUCAUAACAUCAGGAGACACUGAGGAGACACCUGCAACGCUCUUUAAGGGGACAAUAACAUCGUAAUUUUACAUGGAAGACGGUGAAAUUACGUCCAGAUCUCCGUCGAACAAACGACAUUGGAGUGUUCAUGUUGCCUCCGAAUGCGAGCCCUUGUCCUCUAAUCACGCGCAUGAACAAUGCCAAGGAUUGACAUGGGGUACUGCUUCAGACGAAUGGGAUGACCCGAACCGGUCACAGAUGCCCUCAAAGGCCGGGUUGCGCCUUGUCGUGCUCAAUUCCCGGACACUGCCUAAAUUUAAUGUGGCUAUCAUUGACGGGUACCCCGAAGUACAGCUUGGGCGAGACAAUCCAGUGUCAGACCACAUACCGAGAAUCCGGCUGAAGGAAAUGGAGGUAUCGAAACUACAUGCAUCCAUAUAUUGGGAUCAAUCCUGGGACGGAUGGGGUGUGGUCGACAUGGGUUCGAAGCAUGGAACUUAUCUUCACUCGAGUGCCUUGACCAUAGGUAACUCCCAAGCGGUAGAACGGAAGGUUAGACUAUCUAUCUCUAAAACCGCUAGUACCCCUAAGCGUCUUCACCACUUGGACCAUCUCACUCUUGGAACCACGGUUUUCAUUGUGCAUAUCCACGAGAAUCAGCUUCCCUGUGAAGAGUGCUCACCAGGAGUAGGAGGAGAAAUUCCCUUAUUCGCUACUAGUAGUAGCCCAAAGCCUUCUUCAAAUAACAACAUAAAUGUCGAGCGUUCUUCAGGUUAUGAAGCUACAAGACCGUUGAUUCAUGACUCCAGGAAAGCUCUCUCGCAGUUGAAGCGCGAAUUAAUGUCGAGGCCUAGACAUGUUGAUACUAGACACUCUAGCAACAUGGCAGGAAGUGUCACUGUCCGAGUCGGUCGAUAUGUAGACCGCUCCGCCCGUCGCCGUGCGAUGUACCGGGCAUCAUCUUCCGAUGCUCCCGGUAUACCUACUUCCUCCCAGUCUUCACCCCAAGAUUUCCCAAAAUUGACAUUACAAUACAAGCCUGAGCCCAUUUCGAAACCCGCAGUUCCAAUUCCAGCAUCAAGCAUAGGAUACAGGCUUCUAAUACAACAAGGCUGGCAUCCUGGUACUGUCCUUGGUUCUACCGAACGUGGACUAAUCGAGCCCUUGGAUAUCCAACUCCCCUGUGACCGUUCAGGUUUGGGAAUGAGAACCAUUAAAUGAUGAUUUGUACGCCUAGGACAAUUACUACAUAGUCGCCAUGUGUAGACAAUGCUAUAUAGACAAUGUAAAUAUUCAUCUUUCGAUUGCGUUC